AUGAACACACUUUCAAUACGUGAUCUCUGUUGCCUUUUUUGUUGUCCACCAUUCCCAUCACGCAUAGCUGCUAAACUUGCCUUUCUUCCACCUGAACCAACAUAUUCUUUACAUAUAGCCAAUAUUCCCAUAUCAACAAAUGGUGCUAUUGAUCAGAAACCAUCAUCAUCAUCAUCAACAACGAAAACGUCUGUCACUGAUAUUAACACAUCUGUUCGAUAUACAAUAGUAUUUGCUGAAAAAGCCGAAUGGCAACAUUCACAAUCAGAUAUAUCUAAAUUAGAACCAUAUUUUGUAACAACUUCACGUCAUAAUCGUAUCGCAUGUCUUUAUGUUAAUUGUACAUCGGAUCCAAAAUAUUAUAUUUUGUUUAGUCAUGGCAAUGCUGUUGAUCUUGGUCAAAUGGCAAGUUUUUUUAUUAUUUUGGGUACACGUUUACAAUGUAAUAUAAUUAGUUAUGAUUAUUCAGGUUAUGGUGCUUCACAAGGAAAAGCAAGUGAAAAAAAUAUGUAUGCAGAUAUUGAAGCAGCAUAUAAAUCAAUAAAACAACGAUAUCAUGUUCCAGAAUCAAAAAUUAUUCUCUAUGGACAAAGCAUUGGUACUGUACCAACAAUAGAUUUAGCAUCACGUCAUAGUGAAUGUUGUAUAGCAUGUAUAUUACAUAGUCCAUUAACAUCAGGCAUGCGUGUUGCAUUUCCUGAUACAAAACGAACAUGGUGUUGUGAUGCAUUUCCUUCAAUAGAUAAAAUUCAUCGUAUACGUUCAAUUGUUUUAAUUAUACAUGGAACAGAAGAUGAUGUUAUUGAUGUAAGUCAUGGUUUUGCACUUUAUAAUCGAAUACAUAUACAACAUCAAAUUGAACCAUUAUGGCUUGAUGGUGCUGGUCAUAAUGAUAUUGAAGCACAUGGUCAAUAUGUUGAAAGAUUAUUAAGAUUAAUUGAUGUUGACAUUCCACAAAUACUUCUAAAAAAGCAACAACAACAAGAACAACAACAAACGUUAUCAUCACCACCAGCUCCACCAACAUUGGCAUCAACACUUAUUAUACCAGCUUCGACAACGAAUGGAACAAAUUAA